AUGUUUUGUUAAUUUAAUGGCUGUUUUUUAUUAAGAUCAUUUAUUAUGCUAUACUAAUAGAAUGCUUGUUCUGUUCAAAAAAAACAAAAACUAACGAAAAAGGGUAGAAAUUAUUUGGCAUAGAAACCUUUAACAUAAAAUAGAAACCAUGAAGGAACAUUAUUUUAGUUAUUUGAUAACGAAAAAUUUUAAUUGAGUUUUUAUGAAUAAUGAAAUGAUAGUUAAUAAUAUUAUAAAAGUUCAAAUUUCAUUGGUAAUUCUGAAAGGAUAUUUUGAAGAUUAACAAUUAAAUUUUUGUUAAGGUGAGAUUAAACAUAUAAGGUAGUUGAGAUCUUCAUUAAAAUCAAAAUUCUAAUUUAUUUUCAAGUAUUAAGUAGAGAAAUAUUUUAUAUAUAAGAAUAGUAUUAUGAGAAAGUUUCAGAAAUUUUAUGAUUCUAUUAUUUAGAAUAAUAGUGUAUUCUAUUAUUUAUUUAUUGAAAUAA